AUUUGCCUGUCUGGCACCAACUCUUUCAUGUGUUUGAUUUCAAUGUGAGUACAUGAUUUUAUAAAUACACAAACGCUGUGAGAUUUGAAUAUGACUCUGGAGAAGCGGAUCCUCUGAGCUGCCGAGCGCCGCUUGCUGACAGAGCCGCGCACGAGCCGCGCGUGUCCGGGAGAAACAGCCGCUCUGCAGUCGUGUCGUGUUGUUGUUGUGAGAGCUGAAGAUGGCGGCGUCGAUGUGUCAGUACUGGAGGCGCUUCGACUUGCAGCAGCUGCAGAGAGAGCUGGACGGCACCGCUACGCUCCUGGCCAGCCGACAGGACGACAGUGAGCAGUCCAGGAAAAAACUCAUCGAGCAGAGCCGCGAGUUCAAGAAGAACACGCCAGAGGAUCUGAGGAAGCUGGUGUCUCCGCUGCUGAAGAGCUUCCAGGCUGAGAUCGAUGCGUUGAGUAAGAGGAGUAAAGAGUCGGAGACGGCCUUUCUGAACGUCUACAAACGGCUGAUUGAUGUGCCGGAUCCGGUGCCGGUGUUGGAGCUGUCGCAGCAGCUGCAUCAGAAGGUUCAGAGGAUGCAUGACAUAGACACGGAGAACCAGAAGCUGCGCGAGACGCUCGAGGAAUACAACAAAGAGUUUGCUGAGGUCAAGAACCAAGAGGUCACCAUUAAAACACUGAAGGAGAAGAUCAGAGAAUAUGAGCAGAGCGUGAGGAACCAGGCGGAGAAUCUGGCCCUGGAGAAACAGCAACAGAUCCAUAAAGACUACACAGAGAAAGAGAGGAAGUUCCAGGAGUCACAUGAGUCUCUGGUGUCUAAACUACAGGAAGCUGAACUCAAAGCCCAAAGUCUGCAGACAGCACUUGAGCGAACUCAGACGGAGCUUUUUGAUCUGAAGGCCAAAUAUGACGAAGAGUCGACUGCAAAGGCUGAUGAGAUUGACAUGGUGAUGACGGAUCUGGAGCGAGCCAAUCAGAGAGCAGACGCUGCUGAGAGGGAAGCUGAAGCUCUGAGAGAGCAGCUCCGAUCAGCACAGGCGCCGACACGCAUGGACACGACGACAUACACGCAGGACGAGUGUGCGGAGCUGGUGCCGCGCUCCAGUCUGGAGGCGGAGCUCAGUGCGAAGGAGCGUGAGAUGCUGCAGCUGGUGGAGGAUGUUCAGAGGCUGCAGGCCAGCCUGUCCUCGCUCCGAGAGAGAUCCGACACACACAGCAGCCGACUGCAGCAGCAGCUCCAGGACAAGACCACUGCGCUCCAGAAACUGGAGGAGAAGCUGCAGACGCAGGCAGACUAUGAGGAGGUGAAGAAAGAGCUGAGCAUCCUGAAGUCGAUGGAGUUUGGGCCGUGUGACAGCGCCACAGCGCAGGAUUCCUGUAAGCCGCUGGAGGUGUUGCUGCUGGAGAAGAACCGCGGCCUGCAGUCUGAGAACGCGUCUCUGCGCAUCGCUAACACUGAGCUGAGCGGCCGGUAUGCGUCUCUACAGAUGGAGUUCUCUGCAGCAGUGAAGACCAGUGCUGAUCAGAAAGAUCUCAUCCUCAAACUGGAGCAGGAUCUCAGCACCAUCCAGACGAUGUCCCGGCCCGACGCUGAGGGUGCGGACAGCAGCGCGGUGAUCGUCCCUGAGCCCAUUAAAGAGGCCACAGCUCUGUUCUCAGGUGCGGGCGGCUCUCCUCAUACGGAUCUUCCUCAGGGUCAGAUGGACUCUCUGCUGUCCAUCAUCUCCAGUCAGAGGGAGAGAUUUCGCCUGCGUAACCAGGAGCUGGAGGCCGCGAACAGCUCCCUACAGCAGACCUUACAGGCUCUUCAGAGCGAGCUGGACAGUCUGCGGGCCGACAACAUCAAGCUGUACGAGAAGAUCAAGUUCCUGCAGAGCUACCCUACCAAAGCUGGAGACAGUGAUGAUACAGUGAUGCGUUACUCGUCUCAGUAUGAGGAGAGACUUGAUCCCUUCGCUUCCUUCAGCAAAAAGGAGCGUCAAAGGAGAUAUCAGAGCCUCAGCCCGUGGGACAAAGCCACGCUCAGUCUGGGUCGUGUGAUCCUGUCCAAUAAGACGGCCAGAACUGUGGCGUUCUUCUACACGCUGCUGCUGCACUGCCUCGUCUUCCUGGUGCUGUAUAAAGCCGCCUGGAGCGAGAGCAUCGGCCGGGACUGUGCUGCGUUUUGUGCGAAGAAGUACUCGGACCACCUGCACCGCUUCCAUGAGAACGGAGAGACGUGGCAGUAGCUGCUUCUGUCCACUAGAGAGCGCUCUUCACAUUUAUGACAUGUAGAUUAUCAUUGAACUAUUGGGACCAGGGUAGAUUGGGAAUAUACCGGAUUAAACAUUAUUACAUUGACAGGAGGUUUGAUGGUGUUACUUUAUCACAGGUCACUUUCUCUGUUUCGCUUGAAUGACAAAAAAACAAUCAAUCUGUAGUGUUGCUCUGGCACAUGAUUCUAACGCCUUGACUAACAUCAGUGCUAAUGGUUCAUUUAAUCUUGUGACAGAUCAUGAAAAUACUUCAAAUCAUCUGUAUCCCUUCAUCUUAGAUCUUCAGCUAAUGGGACUUUAGAUACCAUCUCUUCCAGUUAAAUUAAAGCUUUCAGGGAAUGAAUGUGUGGUUGUUUAUUAUGAGAUUCAGAUUUUAAUAAACUUCUGAAAGAUG